GCCCUUGUCAGUCAAGUGAUCAGUUUGAGCUGCAGGUGGAGUAGAGGUGAUUGGGUGAAUGAAGAAGGCAAAGUGUUCCUGCAUGUGUCAGAGCAGGGAGGAGCUGGUUUGGGCAGUCUUAUAAGAAAUUGAAACCAACUGACUGUAACUCAGCAGCUUUUUCUUUCCUUUCCUGGCUUCUUGUCAAAAGUCCUAGGCUGGGCUGAAUUUACAGCCUUCUGUGACAAGACAGGACACACUUCAAGACUAUGUAUAGGGCAACAGGAUGGGAAAAAGACAGCAGGCGCAGGGUGGCUGCUGCCUCCACCAUCUCCUAUUCUAGGAGUUACCAGGAGCGGGAGAACUCUGGGCUGACAGAGGGAGCUGGAAAUCCCAGAGGGGACCCAACUUCUGCAGAAGAGUUGGGGUGCCAAAAACCAACUUGUCAGCAGCAGGAGCAGCAUACAGGUGCAUAUGUCUUGAUACCUCCAAAUGAAACCAGAAGGAACCAGAUACAGAAAAUUGCCAACAAAGAACUGGAGAACUUGGAGAGGUGGAAGGAACAGCACCGGCCAGGACCAAUUAACAUGAAACCACAGAAACUGGGCGGAACAGAAUCCGAGGCUGAAGCUAGGCAAAAACAACACAUCAGACACCUGCAAUCUAAAUACCAGCAAAAGCUGAAGAGAGAAGAAUAUGCAAGAAUCAAGAAGGAGACUGAAGAAGCUGAAAUCCUGACAAUGAAAAUGAUUCAAAGAGAAAAGGCUGAUAAACUGGAAGAAAAAAGAAGGCAACAAGAAAAGCAAAGAAGAGAAAUGUUUAAUGAAGAUCACUAUUUCAAAACCACUGAACUAUUGGACAGAUUGGACUUGGGUUUGCCAAAGAGAAACUCCUGUCAAAUGGCUAAUCCUAGCCCAGAAUCUACAGCAUGGACUAGAAGCCGCACUUAUAAGCAAAGACUCCAGGAGGAUGAAAACAGAAGACUACAGGAAAAGAAGGCAGAACAACGGAGGAAGGGUGAAUUAUUGGAACUGAGACGAGAGCAAGAAGAGCAAGAAAGAACAAAAGUGCAUCAGAAUGAACAGAGGAGGGUAAAUAAUGCUUUUCUGGACCAAUUACAAAACAAAAGUCAACCAAGCAGCAUUCACCAAUCUGGACAUUUUGAAAAUAUGGAUCGUUUUGGCGGUGAUAGCUGGCACUCAAGGUAUUUUGAAUAAAAGAAUAAUACAACUGAAAAAAAGGAUGUUGGUGGAAUAUGUACUUUUCUCUGGCCUUGACCACCUGACCUUGAAAAAGCUCCAGGGAUGCUUCCUUUUAUAACGUUAUCUUGUUGAGCCUCACUGUGCUUUUUACCCUGACUUCAACUUCAGGCCCACUUCCGUGAGCAAUCUUCAGUGACUGAUUUCUGUCAUUAUUCACGCAUAUUUGAGGCAGUUAAUUAUCAAAGUCAUCUUUAAUCUUUAAUGACAGUGAAAAAGGUUUCAUUAUAUAUUUUUUGUAAUUUAUUUUUCAGGAGGCAAUUAUAGCAGGAUCUCAUGAAAGAGACAUGCUUGUAGCUUCCAUGACUAUGGAAUCUGCAGGAAUAACCUGCUCUCUCCUAUAUAAUUAGCCAAAAAAACUGACAGCUUGCAGAGGCUUGUGGUGGGGGAAGGGAAAGAGGCAGUCUGUUCAUUUUUGCUUGGUGGUUAUCUGCUGAGGUUUAAAGAAAAAAAUUGAAAUAUUACUGUGUGCAGUAAACUGAAUAUUUUACUUUUUAAAUGUUUUUAAACGAGUACAAAAUGUAUGAUAAUAAAACUUUGAAAAAUA